AUGUAUACUAAACUUGUUGAUGAUGCUAUAAAAGGGCACUAUGUUGAAUCAAUUAAUACAUUUGAUCCUCCGGAUGAAGGAGGAAAAUGGGAAUGUCCUUUCUGUAAUCCAGCAAAUGUUUACAAAUUAAAUGUGCCGCCUAUUUUACAAAUUGAAAGACGUAAACGUAUUAAGGAAUUGAUUAGGAAUCAUGUUGAAUUACAUAAAAAAGAUUUGAUAAAUCAACUAUUUGAAGGCGACAUACAUUCUUAUGAAAAGAUGCGAGCAGAAAGUUUAAAGAGAGUUCGAUUAUGGAUUAAAGGGACAAUUAAUGACCGUGAAUUAUAUAAAAAAGACCCACUUCAAAAUUGA